ACUUCGAUGAGUUCUUAGUUCCUCCUCUUCAAAGCAGAAAGCAACCUCAACAACGUAGAAUAGGAAGCUAUGCACGUCUUGCUUACAAACGAUGAUGGACCUCUGUCCGAUGCUGCCUCCCCUUACAUCAAGUCCUUCGUGGAGGCCGUACAGAGAGACACUGAUUGGGAACUGUCUAUUGUCGUCCCUCAUACACAGCGUUCAUGGAUCGGCAAGGCUCAUUUGGCAGGCCACGAUCUAAGCGCCACGUUCAUCUACCCAAACGCCCAAGGUCAAAACACGUUUCUUGGUCCGUUCGAUGAGCCGCAACAGCACUUAAGAUCUCAGCACCAAGAAUGGGCAUUGAUCGAUGGUACGCCGGCUUCGUGUGCUGAUAUCGGUGUGUACCACUUGUACAAGGAGAAGGGGCCGGUCGAUUUGGUGGUCUCGGGUCCAAACUUUGGUAGAAAUACAACAGCGGUCUACGCAACGUCUUCAGGUACCAUUGGUGCUGCGAUGGAAGGUGCCCUCUCUGGUGUCAAUUCCAUAGCGUUGAGUUAUGGUUUCGACACAAGAGAGAUUACGCCUGAACAGAAGUUAAUCAUUGAUGAAGCAAGUAAGAUUUCUGUCAAGCUGAUUCAACAUUUGUACGACAAUUGGAACUCUGAUGUUGACCUCUAUGCUGUGAACGUUCCUCUAAAGAAGGAGUUGAAACUGGGCGAAACAAAGAUCGAGUACACCUCAAUCCUGGAAAACAGAUGGAGAUCUCUCUUCCAAAUGGCGGAAAGAUCAUCCAGACCUGAUGAAGAUAUUGUUGAUGGUGCAGAGAGCAAAUACAUCUUCAAAUGGAAACCUGACUUCCAGGCAGUCCAUGAAACCAUUCUCGCAAGUGAAGAAAGAGGUGAACAUAAUGAUGGUAUUGUUCUAGGGCGUGGACAUGUAAGUGUUACACCGUUGAAGGCCAUCUUUAAGGAAGUUCACACAUCUGGUGAAAUCAACUUAGACAUCUCUUCAAGUCAGCAAACCAAUACGGAAAACUCGAUUUAUCUAUCUAUUGACAAAUACUCAUACAUCCACCCUGCAUUAACAAAGGCCAUCAAGUCUCACUUGCCAGAUAUUCCAAUCACAGGAUCUAUUCAAGGGAAGACGUUCCAAUAUGGUGAAUAUGAAGAUUUGGAUUUUGACCUAUUGCACUCUUCACCUGACAAGUACCUCGUCAACUCUUAUAUCUAUAGAAAGGCACUCAUCAGAAAGCACUAUUUGGCACAUACAGUACACUCAUAUGUUGUUAAAAAUCCACAGUCAAUUCUCACAAAGGCAUUCCCUGAGACUUUCCAAUUGGAGGUUGAUUACGCAGAGUUCUUGGAAGAUUCUCUCGAUGAGGCAUAUGAACUACGUUCUGAAAUUGAAAAGGGUGAGAAAACAUGGAUUUUAAAGCCAUCAAUGUCUGACAGGGGUCAAGGAAUCCGUCUUUUCCGUACAGUUGAUCAAUUACAAGCGAUCUUUGACUCUUUUGAGGAGUUACCAACUGAUGAUGAAGGUGAAGAUGCCAGCGAGGAAAAUCACGGUGUCAUCACAUCUCAACUGAGACACUUUGUCGUGCAGGAAUAUAUGGAAGCACCACUGCUGCUUGAAGAAUAUCACAACAAGAAGUUCCAUUUCAGAGUAUACGUUCUUGCCAAUGGAAGUUUAGAGGUCCUUGUCUAUAAGAGAAUCUUGACACUGUUUGCUGCUAGCGAGUAUCAAUCCCCUCGGGAUGAUAACGAUGAUGAGAUAGGAAUGUUUGGUCACUUGACAAACACUUGUCUACAAGGCGAAGCUGCCGUGGGAAAUAACAGCGUUGUGGAGUUUGAACAGUUACAAGGCGUUUCCGCUGAAUCAAAAUCUCAAAUUUUUGAUCAAAUAUGUGAAGUUGUCCGUGAGGUAUUCAAAGCAGCUAUCAGUGUUGAUAAGAUGAACUUCCAGCCUUUGAAGAAUGCGUUUGAGCUCUAUGGAUUGGACUUUAUCGUGGAUGAUAAAUUCCAAGUGCAACUCUUGGAGAUCAAUGCCUUCCCAGAUUUCAAACAAACAGGAGAAGAUUUGAAGGACUUGAUCUAUGAAUUAUUUGACGAUGUUAUUGAAUAUUCUGUUGUUCCGUUCUUCAAAAGUUCGACUCCAAAUGUUCCUUCUUCCCUUGUUAAGGUUCUUGACGAGUCUACAGACGGCUGGUGAUUGGACCAUACUUAGAAUGAGAUUCUGUAUAAUAAUGAUACUCAUGAUACUGCUAUUAAGCUAACUUCUUCUACCUCUUUUUCUCCCAGGUUGUGGCGUACCCUUCCGACUUACAGAAGGUUCUUU